AUGGCCGAGGGUCCGAGCUGGGGGGAGGCGUCCGGCCUGGCGGAGUUGGCGGUGGCGGUGGUGGUCCGCGCCAUCAGGGAGGCUGGGCUGGAGGUGGCGCCGCAGAAGACCCAGGCGAUGUUCUUUUUCGACCAUCGCCGGGGUCUGCCGCCUCCGGCCGAGAUACGGGUCGGCGGGGUCAGCGUCCCGGUGGGGACCAAGAUGAAGUAUCUUGGCCUCACCCUGGACGGCACCUGGUCCUUCGGGGAGCACUUCGGCGGGCUGGCGCCGAGGCUGGAGGGGGCGACCAACGCGCUGAGUCGCCUCCUCCCGAACCUCGGGGGCCCGGAGACGCGGGUGCGCCGCUUGCUGCGGCGCUGGCCCUGGCGGCACCCCCCCGUGGAGCUGCUGGCGGAGGGACACGCUAACGCGUACCUCCGCCGGCGGGACCUGCGGGAGAGGGGUGUGGUGCUGACGGCCAGGGCAAAGGGGGCCCUGAGGGAGCAGGGGAGGAGGGCGGUGCUGCUGAAGUGGCAGCGGCGACUCGCCGACCCGGGUGAAUCGGGUCGGAGGGUCGCCGGGGCCGUCCAGCCCAUCCUCUGCGAGUGGGUGGACAGAGGAUGGGGGACGUUGACCUACAGGACGACACAGGUUCUCUCCGGACACGGAUGCUUCGGGGAGUUCCUGUGUCGUAUCGGGAAGGAGCGCGGACCGCACUGCCACCAUUGCGGGGCGGAGAGGGACACGGCGGACCACACCCUAGCCGAGUGCGCGGCAUGGGGUGAGGAACGCCGUGUCCUUAAAGACGUGGUAGGGGAGGACCUCUCGCUGCCGACCGUCAUGCGGAAGAUGGUCGGGAGCGAGAGGAACUGGAGGGCGGUCUCCUCCUUCUGCGAGCAGGUGAUGCUGCGGAAGGAGGAGGCCGAGCGCGAGCGCCGACCGGGAGUCGGCCGGAGGGGUCCCGGCCACGGAUGACGGCGGGGGGGCCGCGGGGCGCCUUAAUGGCGCCGGCGGCCCCCUCGUCGCGUCCGGGGCGGGAGUGCGAGGAGCAGGGGGGUGGAGACUC